AGAGCACGGGGAAACGAAAAUCAGCGAAAAGAACAGAAAAAAGUUGAUGUAACAAACGUGAUCGUGGAAUAAUUUGUGAAAUUUUCGAAUUACUAGCUCUAAAUUACGAAAAACGAAACAGCAAUAGCAACAAAUAAUCAGCCAUGGAGGAAUACGCUCGAGAACCAUGUCCGUACCGAAUUGUAGACGAUUGUGGUGGUGCGUUUGCGAUGGGCUGUAUAGGUGGUGGCGUGUUCCAGGCAAUCAAAGGCUUCCGAAAUGCUCCUUCUGGAUUCAGUAGACGACUGGUUGGCAGCUUAACGGCAAUCAAAUCCCGCUCUCCGAUUAUCGCAGGGAAUUUCGCUGUCUGGGGUGGCAUGUUCAGUACGAUUGACUGCACUCUGGUGCAUUUCCGUAAGAAGGAAGAUCCUUGGAAUUCUAUCAUCAGUGGAGCCGCAACCGGUGGUAUUCUGGCGGCACGUAACGGUGUCGGUGCCAUGGCAGGAAGUGCAAUCAUCGGUGGAGUGCUGCUUGCUUUGAUUGAAGGCGUAGGAAUCCUAUUUACGAGAAUUUCGGCUGAACAGUUCCGUUCACAACCGAUUGUUGAAGACCCUUCGGCGCUUGGCGAUCCUUCGCAGAACGCUACGUCGGCGCAGUCCGGCUCGUCCUCAUCAAUGCCAUUUGGUUUCGGUCAGUCAGGUCAAAAUUAUCAAUAAGAUUGUCGUCGGCUUUAGUUCUCAUAAUUUAAAAUUUUAAAAUUAAAGUUGGACAUUUUUUGACUGAAGAUUGAGUGCUAGGUAAAUGAAUGUGUGCGUACACUCACAAUUUUGGCUCUCGUGAUUAUGUGGUCAGUGAGUUGCAGUUAGGAUAGGUUUCGAGACGAAAGGCCCAUUCUUCUAGUCUAAUCGAUAGCUAGCCACCAAUACCUUCCUGUGAUCGUUAUCCUGAAAGUGACUCCCUUUUAUCUUUUUCCAUACAUUCCAGGGAAAGAAAAAGGAUUCGGUUAGAAUGGAAGCUUGAUCCUUUCGAAGAAUGUGAAAACCCGGGAAGCGUAAGCAAAAUGGAUGACUGUGCGCGUUCUUGUGACUGUGUAAUUGUAGAAUCUAGCGAAACUUAAGCAAACAUAAAUGGGGAAAAAGAAUAGUGUUCUGGGAAAUGCGCCGAUUAUCGGCAGCUUUGGAUGCCGAAAUGAAACUACGAACGAAAAGGUCUAGCUACACCCAUCAGGGAGAGGCAGUUUAAGUAAAAUUCUGCCUUCUCACUGAGCUCGACUAUAUGGUAUCGUCAACUUUUUUCUGUCUUUUUCUGAACCGGAUGAGCAAAAUUAGACCUAGUUUUUCUGUAUAUAAAGCUAAGAGCAAAUAAAAAUUCGAUUAUUUCAAA